AUGGACAAGUUGCAUUCUUCCAUGCGUAAACGGCUGUACAGCUUGCCACAGCACAUCGGACAGAAAGCCUCGGUCAUGGGCGAAGGAGACGACGGGGACAAGGACAUCUGCAGGAAGAGUCUGAGGAUGAAGCCCCUGCCCUCGCCCUCCUCUGCGGGAAGCUCUAAAGGCAUCGCAGAAGCCAAAAGCGGCGACUUGGCGAUGAUGGAGACAGAGGUGGGGAGACCUGUGAAGACCAGCUCGAACGGGGACUGCAGACGGUUCAGGGGCAGCCUCUCGUCCAUCACCAGCCGGCACGUUCAUGACCUGGGCUCUGCGGAGGAGAGGCGCCUCAUCACCGAAGGGGACCUCACCCCUAGCGAGGACCAGCCCCCCGGAGCGCCGGGCGGCGAGGCGGAUGUGGGGCCGCAGGGUGGCGCGGGGGCCCAGCGGGCAUCUCCCGACCAGCAGUCGGGUUUCAUAAAGUUGGAGGGCAUCGAUCAGAUCUUGCCCGACGACGAGCGACUCUACCAGGCUGGCUUCAUCCACAGGCAGCUGGGGGCUAUGCUGCAGCCGGGAGUCAACAAGUUCUCCUUGCGGAUGUUUGGGAGCGAGAAGGCGGUGGAGCGCGAGCAGGAGCGCGUGAAAUCCGCCGGAUUUUGGAUAAUCCACCCGUACAGUGAUUUCAGAUUCUACUGGGACCUGACCAUGCUGCUGCUGAUGGUGGGCAAUCUCAUCAUCAUUCCAGUGGGCAUCACCUUUUUUAAGGAUGAGCACACACCACCCUGGAUUGUCUUCAAUGUAGUGUCGGACACCUUCUUCCUUGUCGACCUAGUGCUGAACUUCCGCACGGGCAUCGUAAAAGAGGACAACACUGAGAUUAUCCUGGACCCCCAGCACAUUAAAAUCAAGUACCUACGGAGCUGGUUUGUGGUUGACUUCAUCUCCUCCAUCCCUGUUGACUACAUCUUUCUCAUUGUGGAGACACGCAUUGACUCAGACUUCUACAAGACGGCCCGUGCAUUGAGGAUCGUUCGCUUCACCAAAAUUCUCAGUCUCCUUCGCCUUCUGCGCUUGUCCAGACUUAUACGGUACCUCCACCAGUGGGAAGAGAUCUUCCACAUGACCUAUGACCUGGCCAGUGCCAUGGUACGCAUUGUCAACCUCAUUGGAAUGAUGCUGCUUCUGUGCCACUGGGAUGGUUGCCUGCAGUUUCUGGUGCCCAUGCUGCAGGACUUCCCUGCUGACUGCUGGGUCUCCAAAAACAAGAUGGUGAACGACACCUGGGGCCAGCAGUACUCGUACGCCCUUUUCAAGGCCAUGAGUCACAUGCUGUGCAUCGGCUACGGCAUGUACCCCCCAGUGGGCAUGACAGAUGUGUGGCUCACCAUCCUCAGCAUGAUCGUUGGUGCCACCUGUUACGCUAUGUUUGUGGGCCAUGCCACCGCGCUCAUUCAGUCACUGGACUCCUCUCGCCGUCAGUACCAGGAGAAGUACAAGCAGGUGGAGCAGUACAUGUCCUUCCACAAACUCCCGGCUGACAUGAGGCAGAGGAUCCAUGACUACUACGAACACCGCUACCAGGGCAAGAUGUUUGAUGAGGAGAGCAUCUUGGGAGAGCUGAAUGAGCCACUCAGAGAGGAAAUUAUCAACUUCAACUGCCGGAAGCUGGUGGCGUCAAUGCCUCUGUUUGCCAACGCGGACCCUAACUUCGUGACCUCUAUGCUGACAAAGCUGCAUUUCGAGGUCUUCCAGCCAGGCGACUACAUUAUCCGUGAGGGCACCAUCGGCAAGAAGAUGUACUUCAUCCAGCACGGGGUGGUGAGCGUGCUGACCAAGGGCAACAAGGAGACAAAGCUUUCAGAUGGCUCCUACUUUGGGGAGAUCUGCUUGCUGACCCGAGGCCGGAGGACUGCCAGUGUGCGGGCAGACACCUACUGCCGCUUGUAUUCGCUCUCUGUGGACCAUUUCAAUGAGGUUCUGGAGGAGUACCCUAUGAUGAGGAGGGCCUUUGAGACUGUUGCACUGGACCGCCUGGACCGCAUAGGGAAGAAGAACUCUAUCUUGCAGCACAAAGUUCAGCACGACCUCAGCUCUGGUGUUUUCAACUGCCAAGAGAAUGAGAUCAUCCAGCAAAUCGUGCAGCAUGACCGCGAGAUGGCCCACUGUGCCCACCUGCUGCAGUCUGCACCACCACGAUCCCCAUCCUCACCCACCCCUGUCAUUUGGGCACCCCUCAUCCAGGCACCCCUUCAAGCUGCAGCAGCAACAACUUCAGUCGCCAUUGCAUUGACACAUCACCCCCACCUUCCUGCCACACUCUUCCGCCCUUCUGCCUCCAUGCUGAGCUCCCUCAAGGACCCAUCCAGUCGCCUGAAGAAGUUCCAUAGUACAGCUGCUCCUCACACUGGCUCCCCUGGUUCAGCCGCUGACUCGGUGCCUGGAACACCACCACAACCACACUCCGAUAUAGAAACACCCCUGCUGGCAUCCUUCCAGGCUCAACAUGUGACAGCAGCUCCCAAGACAGUGGCCUCAGGGCAGCAGGUGGGUUGCCAGGGGCCCACAGGAAUCUCCCUGGGCCACUUUCCCAUGUCUGGGUCACCUUUCUCCAGCACUGCACAGCUCCAUCAGCCACCUCCACAGCAGCCAGCUGCUACCUCCAGCCUCCAGUCUCUCACAGGUUUCUUCCAACAAGGGGGCUUAGGAGGGACUAAAGGAGGAACCACACUGGCUUUGGGCACUUUCAGGAGCUCCCUGUCCUCCAGCUCCACUAGCCUCCUACAGGGUCAGUUCCAGGCUCCAACCCCCAAGCUACCCCAGAUGGGUUCCCUACAGCAGUUUGCAGGUGGGGGCAGGACUUGGGAGGGUGUUGGUCUCAUCCCAGUUCCUUUCUCUGGAUCACCAUCCUCUGCCAGAAAUAAACAGGCUUUAUCAGCAGGGGGAUCCACAUUGUCGCUGGUACAGCACAGUUUGGCAGGUCUUGCAUCGGUCCCCCCUCCUCAGCUACCUUUGGAGCGUUCUGCCCUAGCCUCACUGGCACAGUAUGGCUCUGCCAGUGCAUCUCCCUGCUACACCCCGCUGGCACCCAGCCCUGCCUCCCAGAGCCCUGUUACAGCAAGAACUUUUCACUUUGGUGAGCCAUCCAGCACUUUUGGGUCCCACAGCUCUCUGCUUCUGCCCCAAACCCCCUGUGGUGCACCACCUCUUGGUACAGAGUCUGCCCAAGGCCACUUCUCCCAGGAUCUGAGACUCAUUUCCACCUCGCACCCCUCCUUGCCUCAAGGGGUGUCCCAGGCUAUGGGUGCCUCAACACCACCUCCCCUUGGGGACCUGGGGUGCUGCUUAUCCCCAUUCUCCUCACCCACACUCCCAGCCAGACCAGCCAGUGCAAUCCCAGGGCAUGUGACCCUGUCCAGACAGAUAUCCUUGGGAUCGGCACCUCAAAUUGCAUCCACAGGGGCAUCCCCAGCCCACCCCUCUCGGAAAGGCUACUCAUCUGAGUUGGACCCGGCACGCUCCAAACUUCCAUCCAAUUUGUGA